GGCGAGGCUGAUGGAAGGGGGAGAGGAGGAGGCGAGAGAGGAGGCGAGAGAGGGAGAGAGGAGGGUAACAGAUAUAGAACCACCUCGAGGAAAACAUGGCGAAGGUGACGAGGAGGACGAGAGCUUCGGAGCCAACGGGUUCUCCUUCAGAGAGCUUUGGAGGUUCACAGGACCAGCAUGGCUCAUAAGCAUUGCAUACUUGGAUCCAGGAAACUUAGAGACAGACCUACAAGCUGGCGCUCAGUUCGGAUACAGCCUGUCUUGGGUGCUGCUGUGGUCAUCAGUCUUGGGUCUCAUCAUUCAGGUCCUUUCCCUCCGCCUCGGCAUCGUCACGCACCGCCACCUAGCACAGCUCUGCCGAUACGAGUACCCUCCCUUCAUUCGCUACGUGCUCUGGGUCCUAAGCGAGCUGAUGAUCGUGGCCAGCGACGUCCCUGAGGUGAUAGGAACCGCCUUCGCCAUUCAGCUGCUUUCCAAGGGCAUGAUCCCGUUGUGGGGAGGGGUUCUGACGUGUGCAGCGAGCACUCUCGUCUUCCUCACCCUCUCCUACUUGGGGCUCUCCUACCUCACCGCGUUCGUUGGGGGGCUCGUCGGCAUCAUGUCCUUCUGCUUCAUGGCUGAGUGCUUCCUCAGCCCUCCUGACGGAUGGUCGUCUGUGGUUGGAGCAGCAGUGCCCAACCUUCCUGCUGGGUCAGAGAUGAUCGCUGUUGGCCUCCUUGGGGCAGUCGCGAUGCCGCACAACCUCUUCUUGCAGUCCGCCCUCGUCCUGGCGAGGAAGACCAAGCGCGAGAAGACCUCCAUCAGGUUUGCUUGCAUCUACACCACCAUAGAGACCGCGUUCGCGCUCGGUGUCAGCUUCCUGGUCAACUGGAGCGUCUUGUUGGUGGCAGCUUCGAGCUUUGCGCCGUACUGGUGCUCUCCUGUGCAAGAGGUCUGCGAGGUCAACACGCCCGAAUGUAAAGAGACCAGCAACCUCGACAAGUGCUUUCCCGUCGGCCUUGAAACUGCCGGAAAGCUUCUCCAGACUACCGUUGGGGAGCAAGCAGGCAUGUUCUGGGCAGUGGCGCUCUUGGCGUCGGGCCAGAGCUCCACCAUCACCGGCACGUAUGCAGGGCAGUUCGUGAUGGAGGGGUUCGUUGAGAUGAGCCUGCCCUUGUGGCUGCGAAACCUGAUCUCGAGAGGGAUAGCCAUUGUCCCCUCCCUCUGUGUCUCGAUCAUUGCUGGUCCACGUGGAGCAAACGAUCUUUGCGUCAUCGCCUCCAUCGUGCUCGCCCUCCACCUGCCCCUGGCUCUUAUCCCGCUCCUUAAGUUCACGGAUAGCAGGGAGAGCAUGGGCGACCAUCGCAACAGCAGGAUGCUGUCGGGCGUUUCUUGGAUGCUGGCGCUGAUGGUGAUAGCAGCGAAUUCAUCGCUCACCUGGAAUACAGUGAUCGACCCCAUGCUGCAGCAAGACGGCUACGGCUCUUGGAAGUUUGUCGUCGUUGUCAUCAUCGCUGCCCUUUACGUCGCCCUACUCGCCUAUCUCAUGUGGCGUCCAGUGCAGAAGCGAAACGGGGGAAUACACGGAACUCCAAUUAUUGUACAUGCCAACGGGAACGGCGGCGGCGGCGGCGGCGGGCUGCUUCAGCCGCUGAUGCUUGAUGCUGCCUAGAAAGGCAACAUCGUUUUCAGUCUAUUCUUUCUCUCAACGGCAAAGCAUCGUGAUACGUUAUCGUGAGAAUCUUGACAGUGAACCCGCUACAACUUGCAGGCUCAGACGGCGGCGGUGACUCUCUCAGGCAUUCCGAAGUUCAGGCUGCCAGCUCCGAAAUCGGAAGUUCCGCUCACUGUCCGAUCAGUGCUGCUGAGAUGCCAGGGGCUGCUUCUGAAGGGCGGUGGGCGCCGUCGGACCGUCACAGCCUCGGAGUCAGUCGCACUGGCCGCCGGGCAGUGCCAUGGUGAUCUGAACUCGGCCUGGCAGGGCCGUACGGUACUCAUUGGCGUGAAGCCCGGGAAUCACUGAUACCGUGCCGUACGGUCCGUAGUCAGUAUUAGUAGCCGGGUGCCCGGCCCGGGCCCGGACUGAGUCGGAGUGAAUGUAUCGGUAUCACUGUUGAACUUGCCCCUCCCCCGGAAGUAAACCUUUCCACUUCCGUUUGGGGCGGGGGGACAGCAGCCGAGUCGACCGUACAGUACGGUCGGCAGGGUGAGGUUUGAUACCGGGGUGCCAGACCGGGGCCCGUUCCGAAGUUCACUUGAAGGGGCUGCCGCAGUGCCAGUCACGGUGAAUGGUCAGGAAUAUCCGAUGUAUAUAUACCCAGACUCUGGGUCUUUGCCAAGUUGUGUGCCGCAGUGCGUCGACUGUGCCGACAGUGACGGUGGCACCGUCCCGGCGUUCUGAUCGGAUCAGUUGCGAAGCCUUCCACUGCUCAGUGUUGUUUGAGUCAAGAGCUGAGCCUGAGGCCCCCCACACGGCCGCGGCCGAGUCGGAGUGGAACAAUCAACUGGAUCGGAGGCUUCCGGCUAAAGUCUUUACUCAAAGUUAAGUUAAAAAUCAGUACGAGGACAAUCAGGAGAGUCGAGGAGGCUUCCGGCUAUGGCAGCACUAGAGUAGUAGUAGUAAUAUGGCAGUACUAGAGUUAAGUUAAAAAAUAGACUAGUAAUAUCUCCG